GGAAUCCAACUGUAAACCAGCCUAUUUUGUGAUCACAGUUCCGACAGCUCAACUUUGGAAAAAUUCUCGGUAUACCAAAUCCUACGCCCUGGAUUUUAAAUCUACUUCUUCAAUCCUUUCCACUUUUAUACCUUCCUCUCCUCCCUAAGCUAGCUAGCUAGCAGCAAAUCUAGAGAGAGAAAGAGAUAGAUAAGCAAGCAGUCCUCCUCAUCCACCCCCAAAAUCCACGCAUCAUAUAUAAUACACACUGUACUAUCUGCUACUGUUACUGUUGAUUAACCAUGGCUCCGAGCACGUUACGCAAGGCGAUUGGGGCUGUGAAAGAUCAGACCAGCAUCGGUAUUGCGAAAGUUGCCAGCAACACGGCGCCGGAGCUUGAAGUUGCCGUCGUCAAAGCCACCAGCCACGACGACGACCCGGCCUCCGAGAAGCAUAUUAGGGAAAUUCUUCACCUCAGCUCGUCCCAUGGCUACGUCAGCGCCUGCGUCGUUUUCGUGUCCAAGAGAUUGGGGAAAACCCGCGAUUGGAUCGUGGCCCUCAAGUGUUUGAUGCUUGUCCACCGCCUGUUCAAUGACGGAGACCAUCUUUUUCAACACGAAUUCACGUACGCCACGAGGAGGGGAACCAGACUGUUGAAUUUGUCCGAUUUUCGCGACGAGGCGCAUUCGAAUUCGUGGGAUCAUUCGGCUUUUGUGAGGGCUUACGCCAUGUACUUGGAUCAGCGGCUCGAGCUCAUGGCUUACGAGCGGGAGCAGAGAAGUGAUCUAAUCAAGAAACUCGGCGUUAGAGAUUAUGAUUAUAUGAACAUGUAUCGAUUCCAUAAAUCGAGUAGCGGAAUUCGAAGAUCGAGAUCUUCGGGUGAUGUGAGAGAUUCAACACAGGAGAUGAUAGCCGCUACUCCUCCUCUGAGGGAAAUGGAACCGGGUCGGAUUUUUGGGAAGAUGGAUCAUUUGCAGAGGCUGUUGGAUCGGUUUUUGUCGUGUCGGCCGACUGGCUUGGCGAAGAACGAGAGGAUGGUUCUGGUGGCACUUUACUAUACUGUGAAGGACAGUUUCAAUCUGUAUGCUGAUAUAUGCGAGGUUUUAGCUGUGCUUUUGGACAAGUUUUUCGAUAUGGAGUAUCAAGAUUGUGUCAAAGCUUUCGAUUUCUACGCUACCUCGGCGAAGCAGAUUGAUGAGUUGGUUGGGUUUUAUAACUGGUGUAAAGGUAUUGGUGUUGCAAGGUCUUCAGAAUUUCCAGAAAUUCAGAAGGUAAGUAGCAAAUUAUUGGAGACUUUGGACGAAUUUGUGAGGGAUAGAGCGAACGCAACGAAAAGUCCUGUAAGGAAGGUGGAGAAGGAGGUGGAAGAGCCGGCGGAACCUGAGAUUAUAGCAUUGCCGCCACCUGAGAACUAUAGCCCCCCACCGCCGCCGCCACCACCACUGCCACCUCAGCCUGAGCUUGAGCCAGCUAAGAUAGCCAUUCAAGAAACUGCGGAUUUGUUGGAUUUGAGGGAUGAGGGAGUGAGUGCGGAUGAUCAAGGUAAUAAGUUUGCUUUGGCCUUGUUUGCCGGACCGGCCCGGGCAAACGGUGUUUCACCGGAGGUGACUUCUGCUUGGCAGAAUCCGGCUGCAGAGUCCGGUAAGGCUGACUGGGAAUUGGCUCUGGUGGAAUCAGCCAGUCAUUUGUCUCAGCAGAAGGCUUCAUUGGGUGGUGGACUUGAUCCUCUGUUAUUGAAUGGAAUGUAUGACCAAGGAAUGGUGAGGCAGAAUGUGAGCAUGGCCCACCUGAGCGGUGGCAGUGCCAGCAGCGUGGCAUUGCCGGAAAAGAGCAAAACUCCAGUGUUGGCACUCCCUGCACCAGAUGGAGGAGCGAUGGAGAUAGUUGGUGGAGAUCCAUUUGCGGCAUCAUUAAGCAUUCCACCGCCUUCGUAUGUGCAGAUGGCAGAUAUGGAGAAGAAGCAGCAUUUGCUCGUGCAGGAGCAGAUUGUAUGGCAACAGUAUUCCGCAAAUGGCAUGCAAGGCCAAGCUAGUUUCGCUAAGAUUAGCACAGGUGGAUAUUACGCUCAUGGUGUACAACCGAUUGUGCCUUACGCGGUAAAUGGUUAUCACUACUCUCCUUAUUGAUCAUUAAUUCUCCACGAUUGAUUUUUCUGUACAUUAAUUAGAUUACUUUUUGUUUUUCGAUUUUGUACUUGUUAUUUGCAUGGUUUUGUGAUUAUACGAAUUGAUGUACGAAUUUUGUGUUGAUCAUGAAUGUAUAUGUAUAUUCUAAUUAA